AUGACAAAAAAAUUUAAUGUAAAUAUUAAAGGGUUUGUUUGUGAUACUCCAGCACGUCAGUUUCUAAAGGGAAUUAAAGGCCAUACUGGUUAUGAUGCAUGCGAAAGAUGUAAAGUUCAUGGAGUACAUAUUGAAAACCGAAUAGUUUUUCAUGACCUUGAUUGUGAACCAAGGAUAGACCACGAUUUUAAGCAGAUGACUUAUAAAGGGCAUCAGCUAUUAGUAAGUCCUUCAAAAUACUCCAGUGUUCAAUGUAUCAAAGAUUUUCCUUUGGACUAUAUGCAUUUAGUUUGCUUAGGAGUUGUUAAAAGAUUGCUUCUAUAUUUAAAAGAAGGCCCUCGUUGUUGCCGCAUAUCAACUAAUCAGUUAAAUGUAGUCUCUGAUUGCAUUGUGUCUUAUUAUGGAAAAAUGCCUACAGAAUUUGCAUGA